GAUUCUAUAAUGAAUGGAGUGCCUUUAGAAGAUUUUGGACAUGGCCAUCCAGAUCCUAAUCUCACAUAUGCUAAGGAUUUGGUCAACAUAAUGUAUGGAGAGAAUGGGCCUGAUUUUGGUGCUGCAAGUGAUGGUGAUGGUGAUAGAAACAUGAUUCUUGGAAAAGGGUUUUUUGUGACUCCUUCAGAUUCCGUCGCAAUUAUUGCUGCCAAUGCACAGGAAGCUAUCCCUUAUUUCAAGAUCGGUCCAAAGGGCUUGGCCCGAUCGAUGCCAACAAGUGGUGCUUUGGACCGUGUGGCUCGGCAGUUGGAUCUAGCAUUUUACGAG